GUUCCUGAUAAGAUGGUGGCAAAAAGAUUUUCUUUCCCCCUCCCCAAUGCCAUUCACUAGGCGAUGUGACCUCCUGCGAGCGGAUAAUUGCUAUGUUCUAUAGGCUAGUGGCUACACCAUCACGGGGAUACGGACUGGGCAACUUUUAGUGCUUGGUGACCUAUCCGCUUAGUAGUGCGCGUCCAACCAUUUAGUAUCUAGUCGAAUCCUCAAGGAGAAACCCAAACGAGCGAAUGUGUCAUUGACUUAACACACACCGCAGAGGAAACAGACGUUUCGAAAGUUUAAGGGUAGUCAAUUCUACCGUCAGUGGUCGAUCUGUCAUUCUUUUCCUCAAGCUGUGGAAGAACGAAAAAAUUUCCCAUGGCGGGACGCUUCCUUCGUCCCGUCAAUGUGGUUCAGAUCGUCCUCAAUCCAGGAGGGACGUGGAGGACUUACUAGCAGCAAACUAAGCAACUGGAUCUGGGCCGUGGCCGCCAGUUCCGAACACCCAUCGCUCAAGUCGCCGACCUCAUGGGUCCUUUUGACGAUCUUAGCUCAGCUCCACUCCCUAACAUCACCCCUUUCAGAAACGUGCAUUUUCCAGCGAUCGGAACGAUUGGUCAGUAACUCACGACGAGCAAAUGAAGCGUCAUGGGCCGACGACCCUCUUCGAUCCAAUCAGACUUCCGAGAUUGUCCCAGACGGGAAGACGAUUCUCAUUUAGGGCGUCGGGCGAGGACAAUCAUCUUGCCUAAACUGGACGAACACGGGACUAGGGUUUUCGAUAUAGACAGAGCCGCACAUAUUUUUCACCCUCCACCCGAGAGAGAAGGAGAGAAGGUGUGUGGACGGGCAAUAUACGACUCUGCUAUAAUGGGGAAUAUUAUAGAUUUCGA